AUGGUGUGGCCCGGCAGAGCCGAGGCGGCAGCGGCAGCUCGGGAACAGGCCCGGUUCCCUCUGCCCAGCUCAGCCGUGCCAGCCCCGCCAGGGAACCCCGCUGCACACACAGCCCCCGGCCAGCCCAGCCCCACACACAACCACAGAAUGAACCAGGAAAGCGUCGCUUUGAAACUGCCAACAUCCCGCAAAGCACCGCCGGGCAACGGCCUGGUGAGGGCCGGGCCAGGGCUGCCCUCAGGCCCGGCAGAGCCCGGCGGUGACAGCCCGAGGCCGUGCUGGGGCUGCCGCCGCUCCCUGCUCCCCCGGCACCCACGGCUCUCCAGGGCCUCGCUGGGGCGAUUCGUUCCCUUCCUGUGCUCCCUCCGGGGCCCGCCCGGGCAGCUCGGCCUCCGCCGCCCGCGGCAGGGCCGAGCCGGGAGCGGACGCGCGCCCUGCGGGGCAGCGGGGAAGCGGCGCCGGGCCCGGCCGAGCCCCCGCGCCGCGCUCGGUGCUAGGCCCGGAUCGCAUCCCCGGCGCGGCGUGGCCGGGCCCGCCGGCGGCCUUACCGCCUCCACGGCGUGCUGCAGGAUGGAGGUGAACUUGGAGAACAUCCUGUCCCGCGACUGCAGCAGCCGCUGCCGGGAGGACCUCGAGAGCUCCUCGAUGCGCCGCCGCCGCCGCUCCAGGGUGAGGGCUGCAUACGGGGGCCUGGCCGCGGGGAUCGGGCGGGCGGGCGCCGGCGCUGCCUCUCGCUCCCCGGCGGACACCGUGGCACUGACACCGCCGGCUGCGCGGCGGCGGCUGCCGAGGCUCCGGGUGUCCUGCAGAGGCCGCCACCCCCCGCACGCAGCUCGGCCCGGCUCUGCCCGCCCCGCUCCGCUCCGCCCGGCCCCGGCACUGCCAGCCGGGAGCGCCGCGUUCCCGCCCGGCCGGGCCGCUUGUGCCGGCCCCGGGGUGCGGCGGGGCGGGACGCGGGCGGUGCGCGGCUCUGCCGGGCUGCGAGCGGGCCGCUGCUGUGCCCUGAGCCAGCCUCCGCUUCUGCGGGCAACUCCCGGCAAGGGAAGUGAAUCACAGGGACAACCACUUAGACUGGAAAGAGCUCUGAGAUCAUCGAGUCCAACCUACGACCGUACACUACCAUGUCAACCAGAUCAUGGCACUGAGUGCCGUGUCCAGUUUUUCCUUAAACACCUCCGGGAUGCUGACUCCACCACCUCUCUGGGUAGUCCAUUCCAAUGUCUAAUCACCCUCUGUGUGAAGAAAUUCUUCCUAAUGGCUAACCCAAACCUCUCCUGACACAGCUUAAAAUUGUGUCGUCUUCUGCCACUGGUUGCCGGGGAGCAGAGUCUGACCCUACCUGGCUACAACCUUCUGCCAGGGAAUUACAGAGAAUGCACCUCAAUGCCCUUCCUGAACUGAGGAGCCCGGAGCUGGACGCGGCACUGGAGGUGUGGCCUCACUGGUGCUCCGUGCAGAGGGACACCCUGGUCCUGAGAUGGGCCAGGAUGCCAUCGGCCUGGUUUCCCACCUGGGCACACACUGUCUCAGGUGAGGGGAAGGGGUGUCCACCUGCACAGUCCCUGUGCCCAGAGGCUGCCAUCAGACUUCCACGAAGGUCUCUGGGGUCCCUCAGAAUUGUGAGGGUGGGGAGAUGGCUGCCUCCACCCUCCUGCCGGCAUGGCAUGGGUACGGAGCAACCCUGGCAUAUAUGGCAAAAGGCCCAGCUUGCCAUCUGCUGAGACAUUUUGGGUCUGUCAUUGUCCACAGGGAUGAUAAGAUCCUCAAGCAAAUAACUCUCCACAAAGCAGUGUAAGGGUGAUGAAAUCAGAAAGUCACUAAGUUGUGGAAUCACCAUCCCUG